AUGUAUGCACAAGAAAUCAGAAGCAAUGUUGCUCUUAUUCGUAUAGCAAUAGCUGAUAUUGAACGAAAUGACUUCAACCAGCCAUUAAAAUUAUUCUACACAGGAAUAAAUGCAUUCAAGAAACAAGAGCCAUUGGAUGAAUGUGAAAGUUUAUCUAUUCAACAUCAGCUACAUUGUAAAAUAUCUCAUCCAUUUUAUAAAGUUCUCUUCGUUGGCAAGGUCAGAUUUACAGUAUCAGAUGGAAAAAUGCUUGAUGAUGGAUGUGUUGCUUUUGAAGAUGGUCAAGGUAAUUUAGAAGCGGGUUUUAUUCGUGCAAUACAACAUAGUAAUAAUUCAAACAUGGAGACAGUGAUCUAUGUGGAAAAGUUCAUCAUCCGGAAAUGUCUUGCAGUAAACAUCGAUGUCGCCAAUCAAUCUUCACCAGUCAACAUCAUCUGUUCUGAUUCUAUCUUCAUUGGAUUAUCUGGCCAGAUUGUACCAAUUAGACCCAUUAACUUGAUCGAGAAACUGUCGUAAAUACAACUGAGUACUACAGAUUUUAUUAUUAUACGUUAUCCCAAUUUGUUAGAAAGCUUCUAGUAAAUUCAUUGAUGACUAUUUCUUCUCAAAUCCCAAAUUAGUUGUCAUAUAGAUAUAUACUAUAAACAUUAUUAUAUUCUUCAAAUAUCUUCGUUCUCCCCUUCAAGUAUUCAAUAGUAAUUCAGACUAGAAGUCAAAUGAUGUGCAAAUCGUAAAAACUAUGUCAUAAAUUUGCACUUAACCCAGCAACAAAAAGAGAGUCUAUUAUGUAUAAUUUAAGAGUAACAACACUAAUGCAGGGAGUUUUAUUUUUCAAGAAUAGACAAUUUAACGGAAUGAAAAUGAUGCAAAAGUGAUGAAAGUACUCUUAUUAUUAUAAUUUUGCAAAACAAAAUCAAGAUUACCUGAUAAAAAUGAUGAAAAAGAAAUAAAACGAAUGCAAUUAAUUCAGUUUUUUUAAAAUAGACAAAUUAAUGCAGUGGAAAUAAUGUAAAAGUAAUGAAAUUAAUGCAAUGAUUUUAAUUUUUCAAGAAUAAACAAUUUAAUGGAAUAAAAAUGAUGCAAAAGUCAUGAAAGUACUGUUGUUAUAAUGGUUUUGUAAAAAGUUAAGGUUACCUGAUGAAAAACAAAUAAAACUAAUGUAAUUGAUUCAAUUUUUUAAGAAUAGACAACUUAAUGAAGUAAAAACGGUGCAAAAGUAAUGAAACUAAUGAGAUGAUUUUAAUGUUUCCACAAUAAAGAAUUUAAUGGAGUAACAAUGAUGCGAAAAUAAUCAAAGUGCUGUUAUUAUAAUAGUUUUGUAAAAAAUCAAGAUCGUGUGAUGAAAACGAUGCAAGAAAAUGAAACUAAUCCGAUGAAUUCGAUUUUUUAACAAUAGACAGUUUAAUAAAGUGGAAAUGAUGCAAAAGAAAUGAAACUAAUGCAGUGAUUUUAAUGUUUCAACAAUACAGGAUUUAAUACAAUAAAAAUGAUGUAAAAAUAAUGAAAUACUGUAAUGACUAAAGUUUUGUGAAAAACUGAAUAUCAUCUAAUGAAAAUAAUGUGAAAAAACUAAAACUCGUGCAAUGGUUUUAAUUUUUCUAGAAUAGAGAAUUUAAUGGAAUGAAGAUGAUGCAAAAACAAUGAAAGUACUGUUAUUAUUAUAGUUUUUCAGAAAAAUUAAGAUUAUCUGAUGAAAAUCAUGCAAAAAAAUGAAAUUAAUCCAAAGAUUUCAAUUUUUCCAGAAUAAUCUAUUUAAGACAGUGAAAAUGAUACAAAAGUUAUGAAAGUAUAGGGAUGAGUUUGAUUUUAGCAAAAUAAUUAAAGUAACGAAUUUUUUUGAUGAAAAGUUUAAAAAAAAUCAUUUAAAUGAAAUUACUUUCAUUUUUUUAUUCCCUGGGAAGGGUCUAUUAUGGAUAUUUUUGCAUCAAAAAGUUUUUAAAAAAAAUCUUUAAAAUCAUUUUCAAUGUAUUCUCAUACUCCUCCAUGAGAAUGGUAAAAACGUAUAUUGGUAAUCUUUGUAGGGUAGAACAAGUGUGACUCAACAUUUGAUUAAGAACU